AUGACCAUAAUUAACCAUGAAGAGGAGGCUGUAUUUCUUAAUAAGAUGUUGGUUCAGCUGGCAGAAUACCGUGGUGGCUAUAUACAGAACAAUUCGAUAUAUCAAACCAUUCUUGGAAGAUAUCAAGCGAUAAUGCGAUCAAAGAAAGAUAGAUUAACGACCCUUCCUGCAGAACUCAUCCUUUGUAUUGGCCAUUGGAUAGCCCUCAUUUCACCACAGUCCCUGGGCGUAUUUGGACAGCUCAACAAACAAAUAUACAUCACUCUAGACCAAUCCAACUCUAAAAUGUUGUGGCGUACAGCACUUGAUACUGCAUAUAAGUGCUACAGAACUGAGCCAUCAGCUCAAGAUCCGCGUGCAACCUACUGGACCAAAAGGCAUUGGAGACAUCUAUGUGCCAAUGAGUACUCUUUAUCUCCAAGGUCUCUUUCUGAAGAUGCUCAACAUACACACCAGUCUCACUCUCAUCAUCCGCAACUUACAGCAGACCAAAAAGCACCAAUUCUACAAAAGCACGACCUAGCCCACACUCGACUUCUUGAUAGCCACAUGAGCGAAUAUAUGCAGUAUGUUUCUACCACGUUAAAUACAUCAACAGCUUGCAUGCAGAAAUGCGUGGCUCCUUUUGGACCUGAUGCUAUGAGCUGUGGAACUGUACCAUAUACGCAUUCUGUAGCAGUCUCAGGGACGAGACUUCUUGUUGGGUGUCAUCGACUGGAUCGAGUUAAAGGCCAAAUAUGGGUUAUGGAGCGUAUGUUGAACGGAUAUAUGCUUAUCAAAACAUUUGCUGGUCAUCAAAACAUGAUAUCAUGUAUCAUUGCUACUGACGAUAAAGUCGUUGUAACUGCUUCACUCGAUUCGACAAUCAAGGUUUGGGAUGUAUAUGAAGACACCGAUAGUCCUCUUGUGCUUAAACAUACAUUACGAGGUCAUGCUGGCUGGGUAAAUUCCAUUACUAUCGAAGAUUAUUUUCUAGUGAGUGGCGGCUCUGAUGACACUGUACGAAAAUGGAAUCUAAGAACAGGGGAACAAGAGGGGAUAUUUAGACAUUUCUAUGAGCAGGAUCGCAACCUGGGGGUCUUAACUGUAUCUCUCCGUCAUGGUUCGAUUGGCAUUGGAUCUGUGUUUGGGCCAUUUUAUGUUAUGAAUAUCGAAACUCAAAAAAUGAUCUUACUCGAAGAAAGGCUUACCAGUACAGAGCACAAGACAUACGAGCAAGAACUUCAUCAGAGUCACUCGAGUACAAUUAUUCUUCUUUCCGAGACAAUCAUUACAAGCUCUCGACUGAAUAAUAAACUCAAUAUCUGGGAUUGGAAAGGCAGUCUUUUGGGGUCAUUAAACGUGGAAGGUAAUCUUCAUGAGGUUCAAGUGAGUCGUUCGGAGGAAAUAAUGAUGGCAACAACGUGCGAUGGCGUAGUCAAGACGUGGGAUUUUACUCUCAGGUCUCGAACAGAACAGGCAUUCAUGAGGAGGCUAUUGCAAGGAGCUGACAUGGAAGGAGCACCAGGAGGAAGCGUCUGGUUAAAGUACAGCAACCGAUUUGAUUAUAUUUACUGAAUAUAAUUUAUUUUACCUUUGACAAUAAACUAUUUCAACCUCUCUUUCCUC